UUACCGGAGAAGAAAUGAUUGUUCACGCCCAUAGUUUUCAGUUUAACUAACAAAAUGCUGAGUUUAACUAACAUUGGCAUAUAUAAAAACUUAUAAAAUUAAGGAUCUGCCCUGUUUGGUGGGAGUUUAGCAUAUACGAGAGCCUACGUAUUUAAGCUUAAAGUUAGGGAUCUGCCCUAUUUGGUUGCACAUAGAUAAGAACGUAUUGAGUUCUACGCUAUAAGAAUCUAUUUAAUUGUACGGUUCCACGGAAAAGUUCAUAUCUACUUUUCUAUUCGAUAUAGACAAGUAGAGAAAAAGGGAAGAUUCCCUUUCAAACGAUUAUGGGUUAGUGGAAUGAUGCAAUAAUUUUAAUAUUUUUUCAUUUAGAUCUAAAACUAAUUCUUGGUAAUUGGCAUGUCAAUUGUACUGACAUGAAUAUUUUCUCACUGUCGCAUGGAAUUCAUAUUGUUUUUCCUCAGUACGCUGGUUUAUGAGAUUAUUGUAUACAUAUGUUAGUGGCAAUUUUCGAGAAGAUAUAAUGACAGGUAGCCGCCGCAAUUUAGCCUCACCAUAAAUUAUGACUGAACUGAGAGCUCUGUAUGAACCUCAGCAGGCUGCUAGAGUGAAUAUUUGGUAAGUUAAUAGCCGACGGCUCAAAGUCGCCGAGUUAUGAGAUAUCGAUCAUGUGACUGUUUAGAGGAUGCGUGAGAUAGCUUACCCAUGACAAACGACCCGACUUUGCAUUGCUAAAGGAUAGAGACAUUAUUCGAAAAUAGGCUAGCCACGGAACAGGAAAGGCAGUGAUGUCCUUUGAUAAGCGAACUGUGAAAGACUGCACGACGCUUACCCUAGUACCUUGGCGAAUUAUAGAUCCCGUGCAUUCUAAAAAUAUGACUAUCUUUAUAACAUCAAAAACGGGAUUAGUGAGCCUAACGUGCGAACUUGCGAUACUCGUGACAGUACACUAAUGCUUCAGAUUGUGUGCUGUGAUUUAAUUCAUUCCGUGGAUUCAUUUAUCGUGUACUUGUGUUAAACAAAUUGAAAUGGAAAAUUACGUAUCCAAGUCGAGGAUCUGGUGUGUCGUAUCCUGGAUUGCAUUGGGAAUGGCGCAGCAGCAGAGUACUCGAGGGCGUAUUAACCAUCGCGGCUUUGUCACCUGUGGUUGCGUUACCAGAAUUCAACGAGGAGGAUAUUGGCGAUAUCUCGAAUACGUGAUGCGAUUCGAUCCAGAAAUUAACGGGAAGCGUACCGCAUCAAUGCUUGGAAUGCGCACGUACCCAUGUGCUUUCAGGCUCCGUAAAAAGUGAUAUCGCGGGUGGCAAGACCGACUUUGUACUUGGGAGAAAUUUCGGGAGGACCUUUGCACGAUAAAAGAAAAAAGUCGGAAAAGAAUCGAAUGAUGCAUGCACUACAGUGUACUAAUGAUACUGCGAGGAGCUACGUUAAUUGUAUCCGUAUGAAACCCGAAUAUUUGAAGCAGACCAAAGUCACCUUUACAGAAGCGAAAAUAACAGAAUUAGUGAUAAUUAAGAAUAUUAAGCGCGAGGUAUAAGUUGACGGUAAAGCUCUUAAUCAGAAUCGUCGAAUUGAAGAAAGUUAGUAUACAGAACGAAGACAAUCGCCAGACGGAAAAGGCACGACUGCAACAAGAAUGGAAGCAAUGUUACAUAUGCGAUGACGGCGCAUACAAUGAGCCAUGCUCAAAAAGGCGACGCGAUGAUCGAGGUCGCAAUCCACAGAAACCUAGCCCUCAAAGGUAACAUUCGGCGCCAGCAAUGAAAGGUGUUCCUACUUGCACUUAUAGCUCUAAAAUUGUUUGACGAUAUUUGGCCGGUUGGCGAAAACCGUUAUCAUAUACAUCUGUAUGAGUGCGUUUGUGUGUUCAAGCCUAAACCGUGCAAAACUGAGGUAGUGCAAAAACUGCUUAGGCACGAGUUCGCCGACCGACAGUAAGUAACAAAAACGCGAAAGCCCGCUGAAAAUAGAAUAAACAGAUAAGUCGACGACAUAAAAGGAAUUUAUGUCGAUUCUUCCCCGAUGCUAGUUAGAUUCUCCGAACAGAGAUCGUAUUUGUAACGUCUAUGAAUUCUUGUGCAUGACCUACGGUCUCACUAACAUAGUGGCUGUAUUUCAACGAGCGAUCAGCACCGCCUUAAGAAAUCUAAAAAGUAAGAUAGCUUUAGUAUAUUUAGACGAUAUACUAAUCCCGCCAGAAACAAUAGAGAAAAAAUACGAGUAUUUAAAGCAGGUUUUGCAUGCAUCGAUAUAGUGGGGUUCUUACCAAAUUUGAAAAAAUAUGUUUUUUUUAAAAACUACAUCGAAUAUUUGGGAAAGGGGAUAUCGACUGAGAGUAUUAGACCUGGAACAGGGAAGGCGCCGUCCUCUGCAACGUGAAACAGAUACGACAAUUCAUGGGCUUUGCAAGCUAUUUUUGCAAGUUUAUAUCUAAAUUCGCUAUAAGCAGUAACUCCGUCUACUCAAAUAUUCCAUGUCGCGAUUGUCGAUAUGUUGUUAUGGAUUUUAAUGAGUAGGCAGCUAUAAUGUUUAAAUCUAUGAUUUUUCUUAUAAAACGUUGUGCAGAAUGGUUUACGUCUUUAAAUGUCAUAAUCUUCUUCUCUAGAUAUCUAAGUCAAGCUGCUGCCAUGUAUCGUUCGAUUUGACGAUCCCUGUGCACCCCGCACCUUAGGCUGACCUACUUUCGCUCAUUUACACUGUGUAUAUUUCGUAAAGGAAAAGAGGUCCUGUUAGGGAUACACACGAAGGAGAGAGAGAUUGUAAGAAGAAUACCAUAGGUCAAUCCUACAUUCUAAACGUGACGUUUUCACUUUCACAUUACCAGUAUUGUUGUGAACGAGAGGUACCAGCAAUAGUAGCAUUAUAUCAGUGAGUUUAUAAUUUUCGUAAAAAAGUAUUUUUAAUUUCAUUUUGAAAUUAUGACAAUGAUCCAGUUUAACUGGAUUUGGAAAAUUAUUAUCCAGUAUAUAAUGCUUAUUCUGCACACUCAGCCUGAGAUAGUUAAUACGGAGAGGUCUAUGAAAACAAUAUUUUCAUGUUUAAACCGAACUGCUGGUUUUUACGCAGAUAUUAAUGCUGGUUGUAAGAUAUAUCACACUUGUGAUGAAUAUGGAAAUAAAUUCACUUAUCAUUGUCCUGAGGAAACUGCUUUUCGACAAGAUGCUCUGAUAUGUGACCAUGCUCAUCUUGUGCAAUGCCAAGGAAGUAUUAUUUCUAGUACAAAAGAAUAUAUUAAAGAAGAAAAGGACAAUAGUUCUGAUACAAAACACUUAAUACAUAACGAUCAAUCCCUUUUUCAUUUUUUUUACACAACACAACCAACAAACACAAGUAGUAAAGAAAGACACGGAUUUGUAUUUAAUUCAGGACAAAUUUUUAAGAAUUUUAAUGAGGCAGAAACAACUGGAAGGGAUAUAAUAAGCUCAUUUUAUCCAUUAAGUUAUAUUAAUUAUACUACAAAUAUUCCUAUUGAUCAUUCUAUAAAUACACAAUCUAUGCGUAUAAUUAGUCAAUAUAAUGAAAAUGGAUUAAGACAAAAUGAAAAUUUUUCUACUCCCAGUCAAAGCUUCCAUGAGAAGGAUAAACUUAAUGAAAAACUAAUAAGAAUGAAUCAAAAAGGUUAUUUAUAUCAAAAAGUAAGUGAUGCUUUAUACAAUUUUCUAAAAUUACCUUCAAAUACAUUUUCUGGAAGUAAUCAAACUCAGGAGAAUAAUGUAAAAAACUAUCAAUCGACAAAGAAUCCUAUUGACUUUUUAAAAUUAUCAUCUAUAAAUUAUAGGAAUUAUCCAUAUUUAGAAACUUUGAAAUCUAUACAAAAGAAUACAAAAAUGAUUUCUACUACAGUUCAUAGUACAACAGCAAGUAUGACUCUAUCUACUACAGAAAUACCUGUGUAUGCUUUAACAUUGUCUUUAAAACCUUUAAUACCAAGCGAACUAGAAUAUGAUCCAUAUUAUCCAAAAUUCUCAACAACAACACAACCUUAUUAUACUUCUACGCAGAACCUAAAAGAAUGGUCUACUCAAACAGUGCGGUCAACUACUCAUCUUGAACUUCCGGCAGUUUUACCAGACUUAAAUUCUUUGGAUGACAUUGUUGAUCGCAGAAAGUUACUUUAUAUUCCUCGAAUUAAAUUAAAUUAAUGUAAUUAUUAUUUUGACAAAUCUCUGUAACUAGAUAUAUGAAUUUUGCAAAAUUAUUUAUUUUGUUUAAUUUCAAAAUAAGUUAAAAUAAGUUAAUUAUAUAAA